UUAAACACCAGACUCACAACAAAAGUGUUCGCGUGGCCCAGUUUACCAUUUGAGAUCCGCCAGGCCAUUCUCGAGCUCGUCAUCAGUCACCAGAAACCAAAGCGCGACCUUGGCGAGCAACCAGAUGGAAGAGGCACUGCUAUAUUCGCAACAGUCUCCACUGAAUGGCAGUCUUUCUUCGAGGCAAAGCAUUUUGGGAUGCUGCUAUUGACUCAGCAAUGCCUCUCAGACUUCAAGAAAAUCAUUCAGGGUCGAAGGAGAAAAUUGGUCAAUCAUGUUUGGCUUCGCAUCGAGCUCAACCCUUACGACUGCAGAUCGUGCUGGCUAAUGGAAGAUCCCCUGGACGAGAUCAGCAAUCGGGCGAUCUUUACAGAUGCUCUCAAAGUGCUUUUUGGAUGUCUAAGCACCUGGGAUUACUCCAGUGACCGAAGCGACAGAGGUUUGACGCUAGAGUUAUCUGCAUACUCCCCGACUGAUACAGAACACUUUUUCAAAGAGUACGACUUUACGCACAACCCUUACUCAGAUCCACCAGGGAACUUCCAGGCAACUUUAGCCGACAGAACGCAUCCCAAGUUCCACGACCUCAAUCACCUGUGGGAAUCUGGCCGACGCGUAAAUGAUGACCAAAGACUAUCCCCAAACUGCCUCCGCAUUCAUGGUCUAAAGGGUCUUUGUAUCGUCCCAUCAAAUUAUGACGAUAGUCCGCCGUUUUCUGCUAAGAAAUGGUUACCAGAAGUAGGAGUGGUUACCAAAUUACUUAUUAGGAGGCAAAAUUACCGACUGAUCCAUUCUGAUGGUCUCGGCCAAAUCCUCGAGAGAUUGAAAGGGCUCCAAGAUGUCGUAUGCGAAACACCGCAAAUCCCUUCGCACCGGGCUCAGGCCAAUUUCGACAGCCGGUAUCGUCACAUAUUCAGGAAUUGGAUACCUACCACUCUGAAGCGUUUAACUCUAUUUGAAGACUUUGACGGGAACUUCUUUUCCUGUCUCAGAUUCUUGUUAUAA